AUGGCAAUGUUAAGAUUAGCAGCUAUAUUUGGAUUAUUAACUGUCAUAGUUUAUAAUGUGGACAUUUCACGUAAGUCUCUCACAGUAACAGAUGUUAAUAAAACAUAUGACUAUAUAAUUGUGGGAGCCGGGUCGGCUGGUGCCGUACUUGCUACGAGACUAUCCGAGGAUCCAAAUGUUACCGUGCUACUUAUUGAAGCUGGAGGCGAGGAAACAGAGAAUUUAACAUUAUUUAAUAUACCUUUAUUUGGACCAAUCUUACAACAGUCUCAAAACGAUUGGAAUUAUUUAACAACACCUCAAUCAAAAUCUGGUCUGGCAAGUAAUACUGGGGAUAACAGGCACUAUUGGCCUUCUGGAAAAGUUCUUGGAGGAACAAGUAUGCUGAAUGCUAUGCAGUAUGUUAGAGGAAGUCAGCACGACUAUGACGAAUGGGCAGAAAAUGGAUGUGAUGGUUGGAGUUAUAAAGACGUUCUACCUUAUUUCUUAAAGUCUGAAGACUUUAUAGGAGGAACUCUUAUAAAAUCCAACUAUCACCAUGCAGGUGGGCCAAUGGCAGUUAGUCUUGAGACAGAGUUUUCUGAUGUAACAAAACGUUUUAUUAAAGCAGGAAUAGAGCUAGGAUAUGAAGAAACAACGGACUAUAACGGUAAGAAGCAACUAGGAUUUGGAGUAAGUCAAGUUUCUGUACGGAACGGAAUACGAGCAAGUGUAGCGAAUGAGUUUUUGCGUCCUGUAAUGAAUCGCAAGAACCUACAAGUUCUUGUAAAUGCAUACGUGGCAAAAGUAAACAUAAAACAGGGCGCUGCUACAGGUGUUUUGUGCAUUCGGAAAGGAGCAAGAAAAACUAUUCUAUCUAAAAAAGAAGUGAUAUUAUCCGCAGGCUCCAUUGGUUCACCACACAUUCUUCUUUUAUCAGGGAUAGGACCAAAGGAACAAUUAGAACGUUUCAAUAUAACAGUGAUUAAAGAUCUUCCUGUUGGCAAAAAUUUACAAGAUCACAUGCAUAUAUCUUACCCAUCAAAUGUUAACACAACUACCAAAGUUAUAAGUAAUGGACUGUUACAACAAAUCGAAUACUUACUAUUCCAAACAGGACCAUUGUCUUCUACGGGUCUUGUUGGAACAGCGUUUAUAAGAACUUCACAUGUGCAAAAAUAUCCGGAUAUACAGUUACAUAUUGCUGUUGCCCAGCCUAGAACAGACAACAUAAAAUUAAAUGCAACAUUGCUUGCUAACGUGUAUAAUAAAGGGUUUAAAGAGGGUAUAACAUUGAUACCAACGUUGUUGCAUCCUAAAAGUCGUGGUACGAUAACACUUAAAAGCACUGACCCUUUUGAACAUCCAAAUAUUGAUCCUAAUUAUCUAGAUGACAGGGAAGAUAUUGAAGUUUUAAAAAGAGCAAUUAAGAUAUCUGAAAAACUUCUUGAAACGGAUAGUUUCAAACAAAUAGGAACUCAUUCGGACAUAUACAAGAGUGCGACUUUCUGUUCAAUGUUUGAAUAUAAAUCAGAUGACUUUUACGAAUGUCUGAUAAAAUAUUUAGCUCAAACUGAAUAUCAUCCAACAUCAACGUGUAAAAUGGGUCCUGACUCAGAUCCCGAAGCUGUAGUCGACCUAACACUUACGGUUAAGGGAAUUAGACAACUUAGAGUGGUAGACGCUUCAAUAAUGCCAAAUAUUGUGUCAGGUAACACAAAUGCACCGACAAUUAUGAUAGCAGAGAAGGCCGCGGACAUGAUUCGGGGUAUUAAUACUGUUAAAGCUAUACGACAAGAAUAUGAACAUUCAUUGAAAUAAAAUAAAAGUAACAAUAUCGUCAUCAAAGUGUAAAUAGUGAAUGCACAGGUAAAGUCUCAGAACUUUACAGUUUGCCAUAAUUGUUUGUAUUUUGUAUUCUACAUCUCACAAACAAUCAAUAAUCCUUAUGGCUCAUGGAAAAUUCUAUCCUU